AUGAGACUACGUGAUCUACAACCAUGCCGCUUCCGAAGUUUGACAUUCGACAUGUUCCGGUGUCAUGAAGACCCUUCUGCACCAGGAAGUUCUGCAGGGAGCCACCUAGAUGAACGGGCGAAGGAGAUUAUAGGCAAGGUCCGGGAGUUUUUCAUUGAGCUGAAGAGACAACUAGGGGAUGAGGCCAGCGGCACCAUCUUCAAUUCCCCCGCUCAGCUAACGGCGUUGGCCUGCGGAGUUUCGGCACCGACUGUCCGCAGCUGCACCCGACGUGGCAGCAUUUCCAACCCCCAGAGACGGGAUCGAAGAAGAAAUCGAAAGCAGCUGGCUGAAGCGGUAGUCAGGAAAUACGGGAACGAAUGGGGGGAAAUUGUCCGACAUCUCAUUCACGGGAAGCUGCGACAAGAGGCCGACGUCACCACUGAAGGAAUUCGCGCCGAACUCCAGGAAGCCCACCCCUCUUUCAAAAUGUCCCACUGUACUUUUUACUACUUUUUACGGGGAUUGGGCUUUUCCUACAAGAUCAACCGAGGCCAACGCAUCAUAUUCGAGCGCCCAGAUCUUGUGGAGAAGAGAGCGGCCUACCUCUUCGCUGUAGAACAAGCAAGGAGUCGUGGAAGCUGCCUCGUUUUCAUGGAUGAAACGUGGGUAUUCGAUGGAAUGACCAAAAAGAGAGGGUGGAACGACAACAGUAUCCCUCUAUUUGCACCCGCCUCAACAUUCCAGGAAUAUUCAUACGGGAAGACCGCAGCAAAAAAUAAGGGGCGAAGAGCAAUCGUCAUCGGUGCGAUUACUGAGGAAGGUCCAGUCCCCGGCUGCACUAAGAUACUCGUCAGCGGUUACAGAGAAGCUGACGAUGAUUAUCACCGUGACAUGGAUCACGUAGUGUUUGAAGAUUGGGUGCGGGAAGCUAUACCUCGCAUGCGCAUCGUAGCGGCUGGGCGACCUCUUGCACUGAUUCUAGACAAUGCCCCAUACCAUAGCCGACAGCUGGAGAAGAUACCCAACCGAUCUUCGAAAAAAGCCGAAAUUGAGGGCUAUCUUAGGGCACAUAAUGUAACAGUGGGGUCAAACGCCACCAAAAACGAUCUUUUAGAGGAGCUCCGCCAUUUCAUAGCAAGCAGAGGCGGCAUAGAUGCAUUACGCAGCUACGCCGUUGAUACCAUCUGCGGCGAGCAUGGGAUUGCGGUGAUUAGGCUACCGCCCUAUCAUUGCAUUCUCAAUCCCAUCGAGAUGUGCUGGAGUCAGAUGAAAGCGCACCUCUGCAGAGUAGGGAAGCCAGGGGACACUUUAGAGUUGGUAAGAGCUUUUCUCACUGGCUCUGUUUACGCCAUAGAGAGGAAAUUUUGA